AUGUAUACUCUUUUACACGGCUUUUACAAAUACAUUAUACAAAAAGACGAGUACUGUGUAUUAAUAUUAGGGCUCGAUAAUGCUGGUAAAACGACUUAUUUGGAGGCUACUAAAACGAAAUACACUAAAAAGUAUAAGGCUAUGAACCCCAAUAGAAUAACAACGACUGUAGGGCUAAAUAUAGGUAAAAUUGAUGUAGACGGCGUAAGGUUAAAUUUUUGGGACCUGGGUGGACAGCAAGAGCUACAGUCACUAUGGGAUAAAUACUAUGCAGAAUGCCAUGCCGUAAUUUACAUAGUGGACUCAUCUGAUAGAGAAAGAAUUUCCGAAUCAAAAGAAACAUUUGAUAAGAUGAUAGCUUCAGAACAUUUGUCUGGAGUUCCACUAUUGGUGCUAGCUAACAAACAAGACAUUCCAGAUUGUAUGGGUGUACACACAGUUAAACCAAUAUUCAAUCAGAAUGCACAUCUAAUUGGUGCAAGAGACAUUAUGCUAAUGGCAACAUCUGCUUUAACUGGUGACGGUGUUGAUGAAGGAAUCAAAUGGCUAGUGGAUUGUAUAAAAAGAAACAGCAUCGACAGACCUCCACGAAACCACGACGAUAACUUAUAA